AUGGUCCUCGCUCCGGAAGACUACAACGGCAAGUUGUUUAUCAACAAUGAAUUCGUGGCAUCUCAGGGCUCCGAGCGCCUGACCCUCACGAACCCAUGGGACGAAUCCACUGUCGCCACCGAUAUCCAUGCUGCGAACGCCACCGACAUCGACGCCGCAGUGGCAGCUUCUGUCCAUGCAGUCAAGAAGGGGCCCUGGAAAACGUUCACUGGCGCCCAACGAGCGGCGUGCAUGCUCAAAUUCGCAGACCUUGUUGAACAAAACAUCGACAAACUCGCCCGUCUCGAGUCUCUGCCAACGGGCCGCCCAUUCUCAAUGAUCAAACACUUCGAUCUACCCCACUUGCUCCAGGUAUACCGCUAUUAUGCAGGCUGGGCUGACAAGAUCGCCGGCAAGUCCUUCGCCGAAGACAACGGAGUCUACAAGAUCGUCCGAUACGAGCCCGUAGGUGUCUGCGCCGGCAUCGCCUCCUGGAAUGCGACGUUCCUCUACGUUGCAUGGAAAAUCGCCCCAGCCCUCGCCGCAGGUUGCUCUUUUAUCUUCAAAGCCUCCGAAAAGUCACCCCUUGGCGUUCUCGGCAUUGCACCUCUAUUCGCGGAAGCCGGUUUCCCUCCCGGAGUUGUACAAUUCGUCACUGGUGGUCGCGAGGCCGGUGCGGCACUGGCGUCUCACAUGGACAUCGCCAAGAUCAGCUUCACGGGUUCCGUCAUCGGUGGCCGUGCAGUCCAACAAGCCGCCCUCAAAUCCAACCUGAAGCACUGCACCCUCGAGCUAGGCGGCAAAUCACCCGCGCUGGUAUUCAAUGAUGCGCCCCUCGAGGCUGCCGUCGGCGGUGUCAGUCAAGGCUUCCUCGCCAACUCGGGCCAAAUCUGCGUGGCGUCCUCCCGUGUCCUCAUCCAGGAAGACAUCGCGCCCAAGUUUAUAGAGGCGGUCAAGGCUCAAUUCGAGUCCGUGGGCAAAAGCAUUGGCUCUGACCCUCUCGAGCCAACAACCACACACGGCCCCGUCGUCGACAAGGCCCAGUACGAUCGGGUCAUGAGCUACAUUGACAUCGGCAAGGAGGAUGCGCAGCUCGUCACUGGCGGCGCCCGCAAGGGCAAUAAAGGCUGCGUGAUUGAACCGACACUCUUCUCGAAUCCAAAGGCCGACAGCCGGAUCUGGACCGAGGAGAUCUUCGGCCCGGUAUUGAGUAUCAAGACGUUCAGAACCGAGGAGGAGGCCAUCGCCUUGGCCAACGAAAGCACAUAUGGAUUGGCUUCGGUAAUUUACACCACUAAUCUGACCCGCGGACUUCGUGUAGCCUCAGCCCUCGAAGCAGGCGGCAUCUCGAUCAACGCUCCUUUCAUUCCCGAGAUUCAGGCCCCGUUCGGUGGUGUCAAGCAGUCCGGUACAGGGCGGGAGUUGGGCGAGGAAGGACUGAAAGCGUACCUCGAGCCCAAGAGCAUCAACAUCCAUAUGAAUGUCCAAUGA